CAUAACAAGAAUGGUGAAGUUCUCAAAGGAGCUGGAAGCUCAGCUUAUACCAGAAUGGAAGGGUGCUUUCGUCAACUACUGGCUACUCAAGAAACAAGUUAAGAAGAUCAAGCUUUCAAGAGUCCCCAAACAACCCUCAGACGCAGCCAGAGAUUUCGGUGUCUCCAUUUUCGAUCCAGUUCGCUUUGUCACCAAAAGAAUUAGCGAAAUGUUGUUCAAUUUCGAUAACAAAACGGAGAUAAUUCAGGUGAAGAGUAAAAUCAUGGAGGAUGGUGACGAAGAAGAAAUUUAUGAGACAGAGCUCGCUCAGUUGUUUUCAUCGGAGGAUGAGGUGAGGGUGUUUUUUGAGGCACUAGAUGUAGAACUUAACAAAGUGAACCAAUUUUACAAGACGAAAGAGAGUGAGUUUCUUGAGAGAGGAGAGAUUUUGAACAAACAGCUACAGAUUUUGCUGGACCUCAAGCAAAUUCUCAAUUACCGGCGGUGGAAGAAUUCUGGAUCAAAAUCCAACAUCCCGAGUGUUCCCAGCUCAUGGUCUUCUUCUCCCCGGAAUUCCGACUUCAGUACCGAGAGCGUGGCGGAAUCGAAUACGGCCCCUACAGAAAUAACACAAACGAGUGAAGCACUUGCAGCAUUAGAAAGAAAUGGUGUUAACUUUAUUAACACGACAACUGGGGGUAAGACGAAGAAAGGCAAACCUAAAACGGCCAUGAGGAUUGAUAUUCCAAACACAACACCGACAAGAACUAUCACAGCUGUUACAUCAAUGCUUUGGGAAGAUUUAGUGAACAAUCCUAAAAAGGAUGGCCCCGGAGAGUUCAUCAAUCGAAAGAAGAUACAGUGUGCUGAAAAGAUGAUUAGAGGAGCUUUUGUAGAGCUCUACAGAGGUCUUGGUUUGCUUAAAACUUACAGCUCACUAAAUAUGGUAGCUUUUACAAAGAUCCUAAAGAAAUUCGACAAGGUAUCAAACCAGCAGGCGUCAGAAAGUUAUCUGAAAGCAGUGAAGAUAUCACAUUUCAUUUGUUCUGACAAGGUUGUUAGACUAAUGGACGAAGUGGAGUCCAUAUUCACAAAGCACUUCGCCAGUAAUGACAAGAAAAAGGCAAUGAAGUUUUUGAGGCCACAACAAAACAAAGAUUCUCAUACGGUUACCUUUUUUGUUGGUUUGUUUACAGGUUGUUUUGUAUCAUUGUUUAGUGUGUAUGCAAUUUUAGCGCACUUGUCUGGUAUAUUCUCUCCUAGCACAGAAAGAGAUUACAUGGAAACUGUCUACCCUGUUUUCAGUGUUUUUGCCUUACUCAGCCUGCACUUGUUUAUGUAUGGGUGCAACCUAUUCAUGUGGAAGAGUACAAGAAUCAAUUACAACUUUAUAUUUGAAUUCCAACCAAGCACGGCCCUCAAGUAUCGCGACGCCUUCCUCGUAUGCACAACCUUCAUGACAACUGUGGUUGCUGCCAUGGUUGUGCACCUUAUAUUAAGGGCAAAAAACUUCUUACCUAGCCAAGUUGAUGCCAUUCCUGGAGUUUUCCUUCUGUUUGCUGUUGCACUGCUUGUAUGCCCAUUAGACAUCUUCUAUCGACCAACUCGUUACUGCUUCAUCAGAGUAAUUCGUAACAUAGUCUGCUCACCACUUUACAAGGUUUUGAUGGUAGAUUUUUUUAUGGCUGAUCAACUUACUAGCCAGAUCCCAUUGCUGAGACACAUGGAAUCUACAGCUUGUUAUUUUCUUGCUGGAAAUUUCAGAUCACACCAAUACGAAACCUGCCGAAGUGGAAGGCUAUUUAGAGAGCUGCUUUAUGUUAUCUCGUUCUUGCCAUACUACUGGCGCGCCAUGCAAUGUGCAAGACGAUGGUUCGAUGAAUGUGACGUUAACCAUUUGGCUAACAUGGGAAAAUAUGUUUCUGCCAUGGUGGCAGCCGGAUCAAGGAUUACAUAUGCUAACAACCCGCACAGCCACCUAUGGUUUUAUAUAGUAGUGAUCACCUCUGUGGUGGCUACAGUCUACCAGUUGUACUGGGACUUUGUCAUGGACUGGGGGCUUUUCGACCCAAAAUCCAAGAACUUAUGGCUAAGAGACGAACUUAUUCUCAAGAACAAAAGCAUCUACUAUGCUUCCAUUGCCUUGAAUGCGGUCCUAAGAGUCGCUUGGGUAGAAACAGUAAUGGGAUUUCAUAGAAUUCCGGAUGUUGAGUCACGAUUGCUGGACUUUCUCUUAGCUUCAUUAGAGGUUAUCCGACGAGGGCAUUGGAACUUUUACAGGUUAGAGAAUGAGCAUCUAAAUAAUGUUGGCAAGUACAGGGCAGUGAAGACAGUACCUCUACCAUUCCGUGAGACAGAUUCUGAUGGCUGAGAUGAUCCUGUCUAAUAUGUAUAGAAACCCCGAAAUGCUGACAUGGGGAAAUUAAGCCAUGGCAGAAGGAAUCCACACUUUCUUAUAUCAAUGUGUGAGAUCCUGCCAUCCAUUCAUCUCACAUUACACUUCGGAAUAUAUAUAAAUUGUAAGGCACCGCCAAGUGUAAUGAAGAAAGGCGCUUUUCAAAUGGAGUACCUUUUUCUGCUGUUCAUUUUGGCAUUUUAAUGUGGAGGUGUAUCAUAUAUUUCUGAAUACAGUUCCUUUUCGGAUUGACUAUUAAAAUGCUCGCAUUCAAAUAACAAUCUAUA